CUGCCUCCUAUACCAGAUACUGUGACCCGUCCCGUCCUGGUCUUCUUGAUCUGACAGUGCAUCAUGUCGCCUUAAGUUCGCCGAUCUCUAACACAGUACAUGACCUCCUCCUCAACAUGGGAAUCCAAGGAUUUAUGAGCUUUGUGUGUUCUCAUAGUAAUUUUUUCCUCGAAUUGAAGCUGAAAAACACUAAAUUAAUUAUAGACGGUAACAAUUUGUACCAUAAAUUAUACUUUGAUUCCGGCUUGGAUCUUGUUCACGGUGGAGACUAUGACAGAUUCACAGAUGUUCUUACUAAAUUCUUUGAAAGCUUGUCCGUAUGCAACAUCCAAGCCUAUGUUGUGUUUGAUGGCGGCUGUGACAUCUCCGAUAAGAAACUGGAAACACAAAAGCAGCGCUUUAAGGACAAGAUUAAAAUGGCGCAAAACCUUUCACAAGGUAGAGGUGGCUGUGUGCUUCCUCUGCUGAGUAGGAAAGUGUGCAUUCAGGUCUUAAGAGACCUCCAAGUGCCCUUUGUCCAGUCUUUCUCCGAAGCCGAUAGAGAAAUAGUUGCGUUGGCCAACCUGUGGAACUGUCCUGUACUUUCUUUUGACAGUGACUUUUGUAUCUUUGAUUUAAAGGCUGGAUAUUGUACCCUGAAUUCCUUCCAAUGGAAGAACAUUGUCUCUGUGAAGGAAACUCGUGAGUGCUACAUUCCAGUCCGAUGCUUCUCAGCUCAGAAAUUGUGCCAUCUUUAUAAUGACAUGAAUAUAGUUUUGUUGCCUCUCUUUGCUGUUAUUACUGGGAAUGACUAUAUUAGCUUGUCAGCCUUAGAAACGUUCUUCAGUAAGGUCCAUUUACCAGUAGGCAAUUCCAGCCAUAGUGGACGAAGACACGUACGAAUACAUGGUCUACUGAACUGGUUAUCUAGAUUCACGGAUGUCGAAGAAGCCAUGGAAAAUGUGCUAAAUUAUCUUAGGGUGAAGGAUCGUGACACAAUCAGGCAGCUCUUGUUUUCUGCUAUGGAAGAAUAUAGCCUUCAGGAGACUGUAAACCUUGAACAGUAUUUUCUAAGAGGUUUGUAUAGCUCGCCAACUGCCGUGAAGCUCAACUUGCCAGACUGGGUUCAGAAUGCUUUAGCAAGAGGUGAACUGUCUCCAUUGCUUAGUGAUGCAUUGGUGUUGAGAAGAGUGUUUCUUCAUGCUCAGGUUGAGGACAUGAGAAAGCCUUCUGCUCAUUUCAUUACAAAGCCUGUUCGCAAAUUGAUCUAUGCCCUAUUGCUAAAAGAAUCCCAUGGUUCACAACAUGAGGCUCAAAGAAGUAAGGAACUCCAUGUUGAUGAGUUUGACAGACUGGAGGCCAACUUAAGAAGAUCCACAGUUGAGAUAAGUAAUGCCUAUGCUGAUAUCAGUGAAGACCUUUCACUUUCUAAACUUCCACAGCUUCCAUUGGAAACACGUUUGAAUCUACUGCUACGGGGCCUUGACUUGAGAGCGAAGGACCUGCAGUUUGUGCUGCCUUCCUAUAAACUCCUAGUGGGUAUAGUUUCUUACUGGAUCAGACAAGCAGAACCAAAAGUAAAACUGUAUCACUUAAAAGCCCUCAUCAUGGGAAUUGUUUGUGGAGAAGCAUUCAACAUUGAUAAUAAACCAGUUUGUGCUUCCUCAGAUGAACAUGAAGAAUCCAUCACAUUAAUGUGUGAGCAGAUCAGGAGAUUGCGGAUCGAAGGUGCCCAGCAUAGAAGACUGAAUCUGGAAGAUUUACAUAUAUUGUGCCAAUGGCAGUGCUGUCUGCAGAUGUUCAUGCACUUCAAUCAGCUUCUCUCUACACCGCUUGCAGAGCCUGAUAUCACCAGACUUUACAGCGGUUCUUUUGUGUAUCAUAUGACUCAGAAGCUAAAGACUUCAUCCUCUUCAGAAGACUUGUUUAAAUCAUGUCCAUCAAUGGAGAAGCUGUAUCAAGACCGCAUACAUGAGGUCAUGUCUACCAUCCCUAAGGAUCACUUCAAGAGUAGGACUAAAUCGUCAUCAGCCAAAUCGAAGAAAAAAGGCAAAAAAGGCUUAAAUCUCAAAGCGGGCAGCAAGUUGGAAAAUCGGCCCCAGUGUGAUCUCAACAACAGAUUUGCUACCCUAUUAAUGGAAGACUGACAACAGUUUCUUCAAUGGCAUGGGAAGACUUGUGGACUUACUGUGCAUAUGGCCAAAAGAACAGUCUUAUUUUAGAAGCAGACAUUUUUAAACUAAAUUGACCGAUUGCCUGAUAACUAGAUUCCAGCAGCCCCAGUGUGUACUAGGCCAAGUCCCUAUCAGACAACCCUUAUGUACACUAGGCACAACACAGUGUAUCAGUGUAAUGUCUGUGGUGUACACCUCCAUAGGGUAGAAACCCCUGACUGCAAAGAGAAAGGUCCAUAGUAAGGGGACAGUAAACCUUUCAUCAGCAGAGAAUGUGGCAGCAAAUACAUAAUGUCUAUGGCCACCUUCACCAUAAUUAUAUGUAUUUAUAAUAUCAGCUUUCAUCUCUUCUCAAAUGAUUUUAUAUAACUAAUUUUCAUACAUUUGCACUGCUUUCUCGUGUGAAAGGGGUUGUCCAAUUUCACAAUAUUGAUGCGCUAUCCUCAGAAGAGGCAAUCAAUAUCAGAUCGGUGGGAGUCCGACUCCAGGCCCCCCAUGACGAGCAGCUGUUUGAAGUGGUCAUGGCCCUCAAAUCCGCCGCCGAUCUGAUGACCUAUCCUUAGGAUAGCACAUCAGUAUCAUGAUAUCGGACAACCUCUUUCACGUGAGAACUCUGCUGGUGAUAAUUGGCAGAGAUGUAACUGAUAAAACUAUAGCCAAGUGUGUUCUUUAGCUGGAUGCCAGGCACAGUAUUCAGACCACUACAAAUUCUGGAAUCUUCAGAGUGAGUGGGGCCUCUUAGACCCCAUCAAUUCAGUGCUUAUUAAAGCUUUAAAAUACCUCAUGAGGGAGUCAUUUUAAGGGUGCCUACACACUGUAGUGUAUGUAUUGCAGAUUUGCUACCUUUCCACACAUUUGUGGCAAAAUCCACAUAUUUUAACUGUGUAAUUUGUUGCUGAUUUUCCCCACUGCGGAUUUUAUAUGCAUACUUCAUAUUUGCCCUAAAGCCAAGUUCACAUUUGCGGUGUAGGUUUCACACCACAAAUCUGCUGCAAAAGUACAAUACAAAGUCUGAGAUUUUCCAAUCCCUUCUACAAGCUCCUGUUUUUGUUUUUUUUAUGUAUAUUACAUUUUUCAGACUAUUAGAUACUUUUUCGCCUCGAUCUUGUACUGCCAUCGUGUGGUGCAUCUAACGCUGGAAUUUAGUCUAGAGAGAGUAUCGAGCUUCGGAAGUCUAAU